AUGGGUGGCUUCAGAUCUCCAGGACUGAUAUGCGAUCCAGAAACUAGUCUGAACUAUACCGACGAUGUGGAAUCGGCAAGGAAGAUAUUGUAUACAGCUGAAGAUGCUGUCAUUGUCCCCAUCCUUAUGUCUGUGAUCGUUGGCCUGGGCCUGCUGACCAACUCAAUCUUCCUUCUCGUUGUGAUACGCGUGCAUCACAUGCGAACGGCCACCAACCACUACCUGGUCCAGAUCGCCUUAGCCGACAUCAUAUACCUCAUCUUCGGGGCUGGGGAGAAGGUGGUCCGCUUCGCCGUGUCGCCGGUGAACGUCGACAUGAAGUGGAUGGGAACAGCCGGCUGCCUGCUGGUGCCGCUGCUCCGCUCCCUGGCCUACUUCGCCGUCCUGUUCUUCAUGGCCUUUGUGACGCGGGAGAAGUACCUGGCCAUCUGCAAGCCUCUGAAAUACCGGGCCAUUAACGGUGGUCAGCGGGUCUGGACGACCCUGACAGCCUGGGGCGCGGCUCUUCUCAUCGCCGCCUCCUUGGCGCCGUGUUCCAGCGUCUUCUCUCCCUACUGUAUCACUUGGCCGUCAGCCUGGAUACCCUCAGACCUACCCAGCCUCGCUGCCCAAUGCAGACCGGUCUCAGAGUGGUUGAACACCUACAACGACGUCAUGCAGACAUUCCCGUUCUUCCUUGUCAUGUUCCUGACCCUCUCCAUGCACAUUUGCAUCAUCAAGACGCUGCGUGUGCAGGUGGCAGCCCAGACGGAGGACCUGCAAGGACCCAUAACGGCUCGCAAGAUGCAGACUCGGAGACAAGUCACCCGUAUGCUGGUGCUCAACGGUAUACUCUUCUUCAGCCUCCUAGCGCCGUUUGAGUGUUGCUCUAUCGCCUCCUCUACACGAAUGUACACCACCCAUCAGUUGCUGACAUCUGACCAGUUCAGUCUUCUGCUACAGAUCGCCAGGACCUUAGCCUACCUGCAAGCUGCUAUCAACCCACUUGUAUAUUACCUGCUUCAUCCUCGCUACAGAAAAGCCUGCGUAGAGACUUUCUCAAGGGGUGGCAGUACAAAUAGGCAAUAUGUGAAUACUACGGAUCGCUCCAACGUCAUAGCGUGGCCAAAGAAAUAA